CACAAAUCAAUUGGCUAGAAGAGAGGUGUCUCGUUUCUUCUUUCUUUCUCUCUCUCUCGGUUUCUUUCCGUAUCAAGUAGCCACCGGAAUUAACUACCGGGAAAAUGGAUGCCGGUGCUGAAGCUCAUGAUGGCUAUUCUUCGUCGGCGGCAGAGGAAUGUGGAUCGAAUCAAAACAGCGGCGGAAGAUUUUGAGAAAACUUGCGACAGUGGAGAAGGAUUCGCAGGCAAUAGCAGAGAGCUUCUCGUCUCUCUUUCUUUCCCUUCUAUCAACUCUCUCUGAGAAACAGGAGAGGAAGUCAAUAUCUGGGAGUUUUAAAGCAUAGAAUCUGAUACCAGGGGUUGUGAUAGGUUUCAUCAUUGGUAUGUUGGUGGAUUUGUCACAGCAAGUGAAGUUACCAGUGAAAAAGAGCAGACUUUUGUCAAGUAAGAUCCAUAACCAAAGUUCACUACCAAGCAGUGGCAGUGAUAAAGAGCUCAAAAUGGUUUUAGUAGUUAGGCAAGACUUAAAGAUGAGAACAUGCAAAAUUGCUUCACAGUGUGCACUAGGUAUGAGUCACAAAUGAGGGGUGAGGAUAAGAGUAAAUAGACGAUGUCGGUGGGGGACGAAGACGGAGAACCGCUCAGCCCAAUGGCGCGUGUAUUCCAGUCGCCAGGCACCAGCUGCUGCAUCAUCACCAUGAUCGGUUGCAAAAUCAAGAUCAAUGCUGACGUCAUUCUAAGUGGCUUGAACCAUAAUGUUUCUAAACAUCCUCGUUUCUCAAGCAAAUUGUCAGAUGAUGGUUUGAGUUGGGUUAAGACUAAAGUCAACAUAGAGGACCAUGUGUUUAUAGUAGAUAUGGACUCGAACGAGAUCGGAGAAGAUGGAGAAAGUUACGUUGAGGGCUACGUUACACGUCUCACUAUGCUUCCUCUUGAUAAAUCGAAACCUUUAUGGGAUAUUCACAUCCUCAACGUCAAAACAUCUGAUGCAGAGGCUGUCUGUGUGAUAAGAUCUCACCAUUCAUUAGGAGAUGGAUCAUCCCUCAUGUCUCUCUUAGUCGCAUGUACUCAGAAGACAUCAAACGGGAACACUGCUUCUACUACCCCUGUUCUUACCAGACGUAAAAUUGUGCCGAACGAAAAAACCUCAUGGUUCUUAAGGUCGGUACUAGAGGUUUUUUCAUCAGUGAGACUGAUUUGGAAUACUUUCGUGGAUAUCUUGAUGGCCCUUGCGAUUGCUUUGUUCUUGAAGGAUACGAAGACACAUCUAAAAGGCGAUAUGAGUAUCCAGAGUAAUCCGAAGAAAUUUUGCCACCGAAUUGUCUCGUUGGAUGACAUAAGACUCAUCAAAGAAGUUAUGAACAUGACUAUCAACGAUGUUUUGCUUGGAGUUACACAGGCUGCUAUUUCACGCUAUCUAAAUAAUAUGCCUGGUAAUAUACGACUUACAGCAUGUGUUUUAGUAAACUUAAGGCCAGACACUGGGAUUCAGCCAUUAGCAGAUAUGACGGCUAAAGACUCGAAAUGCAGAUGGGGAAACUACUUCAGCUCUAUCUAUUUCCCUUUAUAUACCGGCUCAGAAACCAAUCCAUUGGUGUACCUAUCGAAGGCUAAAUCCAAUAUGGAUCGAAGCAAGAACUCACUUCUUGCUGCUUUGAUAUAUUCAAGUACAAAAUUAGUCUUCAAUAUUUUUGGAGCAAAGGCAGGUGCAAUAUUAGUCGAACGACUUUUUUUGAACACGACGACAGUCAUUUCAAACAUGAUCGGCCCUAUGGAUGAAAUCAGCUUCCAUGGCCACCCCAUUGCCUACAUUGCUCCAAGUGUCUAUGGACACUCUCAUGGAUUAACACUACAUUUCCUAAGUUAUGCGGAAAAAAUGGUGAUUUCGAUAGGGGUUGAUUCUACAGCCAUACCAAGUCCUCACAAGCUUUGCGAUGCAAUAGAGGACUCUCUAAAAGACACGAAAGCCGCUCUCUUAGAAAGAGGAUCAGUAAAAGCACCUUCAUUAAAAGAUGUUUAUAUGAGUCUCCAAAAAAAAUUGGGAAGAAAAAAGGAACAAUGAGAUGAAAUUCUAAUAUAAAGAAACUCAUUAAAACCUUAUAGAACACUUGAAAAUAAUAGGCUGGUUCAUUUUUAUUAGAACUUUUCAGUUAUAUAAUUAAACUGUAUUACUUUACUUUUUGUUUGAGAAAUUGUAUAUUUUUAUGGAUACCUAUCCAAACCGUUUUUAUGUACACUUCCAUGGAAAUAAUAUUUAGUACAAAUUUACCUUUAA